AAGAAAUGAGCGAGGACGCUACUCUCAGUCAGAUGGAUACCGAAAAGAAAUCAGAAGAGAUAAUAACUCGAAAGCCAAGCCUCGCAGAAGGUACUGUAACAUCUCACCAGGGAGCCAACCCUCCGGACUUCAACCAGCUCGCUAUCAACCAUGCAAUUGAAGCAAUCGGAAUGGGCCGCUAUCAAUGGCAGCUGAUGGUUUCUUGUGGAUUUGGGUUCAUUGCAGACCAGAUGCUGCUGGUCUCCAUCAGCCUGGUUAUGCCUCAAGCCUCGAAGGAAUUCGGCCCUCGAUACGCAACACUUCUUUCCGCUACACAGUAUGCAGGUUUAGGAGCCGGUGCUGUUAUCUUUGGGCUUAUUGCUGAUUUUACUGGCCGUCGUCUGGCGUGGCAGACAUCUAUCUUUGGCGUGUCUGUCUUUACUGCCAUCUGUGCCGCCUCACCCAACUGGGCUGCGUUGAAUAUUUUUGUUGUACUCGCUGCUUUUUUUGGCGGUGGGAACUAUAUAGUGGCAAUUGACCUCACAGUACUUGCAGACUUUGUUGACUCAUCAUGGACAGCCUGGCCGCUUGUGGUGAACUUUUGUUGCCCAGCAGGCGCCACUCCGGAAACGUGCACCAAAGCUAAUAAUAUGGGAUGGCGAUAUCUGUACAUCAUUCUCGGUGGAUUAUGUCUCGUCAUGUCAGUUCUGCGCACUUUCGCGCUGGGGAUGAGCGAGUCACCCAAGUGGCUUGUAUCACGGGGUGAAUUGAACGAAGCAGUGGCGUCCAUCAACACAAUCAGCAAAGUCAACAAAUCAACAUACGUAAUGAUGGUUAAUCAGUUGCGUCCUCAUGAGCAGGAAGAUUCUAAGAGUGCUAUCAAGAAAGCGGCCUCCAUGGUUGGCGCAUUAUUCCAUGGCUCAAAGCAAAUUCGCUCCAUGAUAUGCUUGAUUCUCCUUUGGCUACUUAUUGGCAUUGCGUUUAGAUAUCCCGUCUAUACGGUGUUCCUCCCAUACUACCUUGAAGCGCACGGAGCGACAUUAGGCGAUGGAAGCACGUAUCAGACCUACCGCGACUGGUCCAUCUCCUCGGUAGUCGGAAUCUGGGGACCGAUCCUAAGUGCCUUCCUUGUGCAGGUGCCUUUCCUCGGACGUCGACGCUCAAUGACGCUGACGGCCUGCGCCUGCGCCGCCUUCGCAGGCGCCUUCACAACUGUCAAGAACGAAUCACAGAACCUGGCCUUUUCCGGCAUGAUUAACUUUUGGCUCAAUGCUCUAUACGGCAUCAUCUACGGGUAUACGCCAGAAGUCAUGCCAGAUGCAUAUCGGGGCAUUGGCUGUGGCCUGACCCUCGCCUGUGGGCGGAUUGCUUCUCUUUCGGCUCCAUUUAUCGCGACCUUCGGGGAUGUCACGACGUCUGUGCCUAUUUGGGUCUGCUGUGCGUUCUUUGUGGUUAUUGGGGUUGUGUCACUGGUUUUGCCGUUCGAACCAGGAGAUUCUUGA